AUGACUUUCCAAAUCCCCCAGAAUGUCCCCUCGUUCACGAGUAGCCAACGAACCUUUGAAGAUACCUCCUGGCAUCAGAAGCACAGUAAUGGACAUGCGAAAGGUGCACCUGCGGCAGGGAUUACUUCAAGAAUUAAUGACAUCUUUGGGGAAGACAAGGAUUUACCAAUGUACAAGGACAAGCCACAUUUUCCCUCAAGCCGGCGGAGGCGUCCGUUACAACGGAAAAGAGUUCUCGGUCUGAUCGGAUCCGUGUCAUUACUAUUUCUCUGGUGGAUGCGCUGGUUACCUUGGAGUUCUGAUCGAGUGUAUGACCCAGCUGAACAUCAACAUUCCUUUUUCCAUGACGAAGACUGGUCCAAACAAAGGGAGGCGGUGAAGGAGGUGUUCAAGACGUCAUGGGGAGGAUAUGAGAAGUAUGCGUGGGGAAUGGAUGAAUAUCAUCCCUUGUCACGAAAAGGGAGGAACAUGGUUGAAGGAGGAAUGGGUUGGAUAAUCGUCGACGCGCUGGAUACUGCGAUGAUGAUGAACCUGACUGAAGAGGUUGCCAAAGCAAGAGAAUGGAUAUCGACAUCGCUCUCUUAUACGGCCGAUCACGAUGUCAACACGUUUGAAACCACGAUUCGAAUGCUGGGAGGUUUACUAUCAGCUCACUAUAUCUCCACUACCUUUCCCAAUCUUGCACCUCAGCGCGACGAUGAUGUCAAUCAACCAGGAGAAGAUCUCUACAUUGAGAAAGCGACGGAUCUUGCUGAUCGUCUUCUUGGUGCAUACGACUCGCCGUCUGGCAUUCCAUAUGCUUCAGUGAACUUGAACACCAGUCAGGGAAUCACGUCACAUCUUGACGCCGGAGCCUCCUCUACUGCCGAGGCAGCGACACUUCAACUGGAGAUGAAAUAUCUUGCCAAAAUCACAGGUGAACCAGUGUACUGGCAGCAAGCAGAGAAUAUAAUCAAAGUCAUCGAUUCGCAACGUCGGGAAGAUGGGUUACUUCCUAUCUUCAUAUACCCGGCAACCGGAGAAUUUCAAGGCGAGAAUAUUCGACUAGGAUCGCGCGGUGAUAGCUAUUACGAAUACCUGAUUAAGCAAUACCUACAAACAGGUAAGGUAGAGAGGAUCUACCUCGAUAUGUGGGAGGAAGCACUGGAAGGCAUCAAGAAGCACUUGAUCACGUACUCAAAGUCCGCUUCAUUGACAAUUCUCGCCGAAAGACAGCACGGUCUUCGUUUACCGUUGACUGCUAAAAUGGAUCACCUGGUUUGCUUCUUGCCCGGAACAAUCACGCUCGCUGUCACUGAAGGUCAGACAGUUGAAGAAGCGAAAGCCAGGCUUGGAAGUCAAUGGACGAAGAAACACGAUGAGAAUCUCAAACUUGCGGAAGAAUUGAUGAAAACCUGCUGGGGAAUGUAUAAAGUCACACCGACGGGCCUGGCCCCUGAAAUUGCCUACUUCCUCACCGACAAUCCGCCUCGACAAUGGGAAGGCCACGUUGAUCCAGAAUGGUCACCGCCAGAAUCUGGUCCCCUUUCCGACAAUCUCAGUGCAGAUUGGAGAUCAGAUUAUGACAUCCACUCUAAUGACGUGCACAAUCUUCAAAGACCCGAGACUGUCGAAUCGCUUUUCUACAUGUACCGAAUCACCAAGGACCGAAAGUAUCGGGAAUGGGGAUGGGAAAUGUUCGAAGCGUUCUGCGAACAUACAAAAGUCGUCGAUGAAGUCCUCGGCACAGUCUAUGCGUACACUUCCCUGGACACCGUCAUGGACAAUCCAGUCAAGGAGCGCAAAAGGCGAGAUAACAUGGAGAGCUUCUGGUUAGCCGAGACGCUCAAGUAUUUCUACCUGCUCUUUUCGGAUGAUGAUUUCUUUCCUCUCGACAGUGUUGUGUUCAACACAGAAGCUCACCCGUUGCCCAAGUUCGGCAUCAGCGGCAGCAAAGUAUUCGUGACGGGAUGGGAGAGGAAUAAAGACCCGCCUCCGAAGCCUAAGUUCGGGGAACGUGGAGGCGGCGGGAAAGCCAAAGAUGACUUUGUACAGUUCAAGGAAACCCGUGUAGGAAGUGACUUCAGGCUCGAUGAGAAUGGGAAGCGCGUCGAAACAGGAUCAGAAGCGUACGAAAAUCAAAAACCUGUCGCUAAACCACACGAGCAUGAACACGAUGAUACUAUGGAUCAUGGCCAUAUUGAGGAGAGCGGGAAAGACAAAGCAAAUGGGGACCACGUGAUUGUUGGAGGAUUUGAAGGAAGACUCAGCUGA